AUGGCACAAGCAAACUACACACCCAACGCUGGUCACGCACAACUCUUGAGGGAUCUCCAAAGUCUUCAAAGCAGACUUGACAAGGUGAUGACAGGUCCAAAUACUCCCAGAGCCAUAACUUCCGAAAUACAACAAACCCUUUCAAAAGAAGCAUUCAUUUUUGUCAUUCUAGGUUUAGAUUACAGUGAAGAAAACACAUCAGAACUAGUGGAUCAAGGGACAACAAGAAACAGUGACCUUGUUAAUCGCCUCCGCUCAAUCCCUGAAAUCCGCAACUUGGACUUAUCUGCAAUUUCUAGACUUCCCCCUCCCGGAUCACCAGCGUCGCGUGCAAUUUUGCUUUGGAGUCAUCUUUUAACUAUGUACUCUCAAGUAUUUCAAGCCCAGCCCAACUCAACGCAAGACCAAAGCCCACAAUGCGCACAUUGCCUCGAAAAGAUCCCCAUUGGCAAAAGAUACAUUCAGUUUCCUUGUCAUGUCUCCUCCAAGUUUCACGAGACCUGUUUCACCGAGAUGGCUGGUUUUACUUUGGCAGUUAAGUGUCCGGUUUGUCAUACCAUUCCCUUUGUACCUUCUCAGUGA